UUCCGCUCAGCACACGCUGGGAUCGAACGUAUCGGGGACACAUAAACUCUGGAGCACGUAGUUUGUCUUCGCCGGUGUGGAGCCAGACAACCAAAUCCGGACUGCCACUUCAGAUUCUGUAUUCUGAUUCUCAGGAUCGCAUCCGAAGCCACAUAGAAUGACCCGCUGAGAGCGCUCACGGGGAAAGGAAGAGAGUUCUUUGGACAGAAAUCUGCUCUGUCACAUACACCGUGACUGUCCUCUGUGCACCGGAGGAGCCCUUUGAUGUGCAUUUUUCUUCGCAGAUCCACUGGGCCCACAGCUUUGUUCGAAAGCCUCUUGCUGGAUUCAAAUUUCUCUGCCCUUGAAGCAAAAACAUGGUUUUGAACAAUAUCCGGGCAACAAUUUUUCUCUUUCUCACCGGACCCGGCAUCGUGGGGAACAUCUCUGUGUUUGUGAAGUAUACGUGCGCCUUCUUUUCGGGCACUGCGACGAAAUCUGUACACCUUCUUAGCAUCCACUUGGUUUUUACAAAUACCGUGAUACUUUUGUCCAAGGUAACGCUGAAAACAAUAGCGAUGUUUGGUGUGAGAAACGUCCUGGGUGACAUGGGCUGUAAAGCGUUUGUGUUUCUGGAGAGGGUGGCCCGGGGCCUUUCGAUCUCCACCAGCAGCUUCCUGGCCGUGGUCCAGGCCACCACCAUCAGCCCCAGAGCCCCCGUGCCCGCCGGCUUCAAGCCAGCAUCCGCAAGGCACAUCCUUCCCUUCUGCCUCUUCUUCUGGGUCCUCAACUCCUUGGUCAGCAUGAACUUACUCUACUACGUCAGAAACACGAGCAGCCUAAACAGGUCACAAGCUAGCCACGGAAAUAGCUGCUCUUACGUCCUCCCAAGAAGCCAGAUCAUGAAGUGGACGUUUCCCAUCCUCAUGGCCCUGCGGGAUUUCUUGUUUCUGAGUCUCAUGGGCUGGGCCAGCGCCUAUAUGGUCCUUCUUCUCCACAAGCACCACAGGCACGUCCUCUACCUUCAGAAAUCCAAGAUCCUCCACCAGACCCCCCCCAAGAGAAGAGCCACUCACAGUGUUCUCCUUCUGAUGCUUUGUUUUCUUUUAUUUUAUUGGACAGAUUGUAUUCUUUCUCUGGGCUUAAAUUUCUCCUUAGAGAAUGCUUCUUUCGUGUUAAAUAUUCAAGAAUUUCGAACUCUUGGUUAUGCAAUUCUCAGCCCGUUUGUGCUGAUUCACAGAGACGGACGUCAGGGUGGACGUUGGCACUCUACAUAAAGCUGGAACAACUCUGUUUUUUCACUGAUGCCUUCAGUAGGGUCAUUUGAAAUAACCAUUAGUCUUCCUGUGCCGUGUUUAAAAAUAAAAUGGUACAUCACUUCUGGGCCUUUUGGCUAAGAUCAAGCGUAAAAAUACAACGGACGUGGGGAACUUGAACAUAUAACAAAUAUAUUAAAGACAUAAUGGAAGUUAUUCUCAUACAAGAAACUGGAACCUUCGGUCCUGAGCUGACACAGGAGCCCGUACAACAGGGACUGAAUCAUUUUCUCAUUUUCCAUCUUGUCACCCUCAAGAAGUCACUUAAAGUCUUAUGUUGGUAGGGCACCUGCGUGGCUCAGUAAGUUAAGCAUCUGACUAUUCGGCUCGGGUCAUGAUCUAGCGGGUCAUGGGUUCGAGCCCCACGUCGGGCUCUGUGCUGUCAGCACGGAGCCUGUUUGGGGUUCUCUCUCUCUCUCUCUCUCUCUCUCUCUCUCCCUCCCCUGCUCUCUUUCUGUCUCAAAAUGAAUAAACAUUACCAAAAAAUUCUCAUGUUUGUUAGAUGGCUCUUUCACCACGAACACUCCAGGAGUAAGAAACGAGCAAAGAAAGCAAUUUGGCAAAUUUAAUCAUAAUUACCAGGUAAUGUACCCUUUGUCCCAAUAAUUUCUCUUUAGAAUCAGAUCCUAUAAAUAUAAUUGUCUGCAUGAGGAUUACACUAAGAAAAAUAGACAUCCCAGAGCUGUUUUUAAAAAACAACUUAAAUAUGCAACCAAAGAUUCUAUAUUUCUAGUUAGUUGAAAGCAUUCAUACAUCCAUAAAUAUCCAUCCUUCCAAAGGGAUGGAAUUUUAUGAAAUUCAUGAAAAAGUGAGCAAGUGCUAAAUGUGCUGAUAGAGUUUGACAUCCAUGAUAGAUUUUAAUCAAUAAAAGAAAAGCAAUUUCAGGGCAAUAGCAUUCACAUGGGAGUAAAAUAUAUUUGAUUUGAUGUUACACACACGAAGUAUCUCUGGAAGAAUAAAAAGUAAACUAUAAGAGUGGUUACCUGUUUUGAGAGAAAGCAGGUAAGUGGAGGCAUAGUAUGAAGAGUUUCAUUUUAUAUGUUUCUGUGCUCUCUGAUUUGCUACUCAUAGGAAUGUAUCUUUUUACAGGAAUAAAGAAACUAAGUUUGAAAACAAUUUGCGGUUUUAUUCCUAGACAUCAUUUGUUAGCGUCCUGAUGCCCUCACGACGCAAUCCGUCUCUUUAUUACCAAAGGGCACAAAGUAA